GCGGGGGGGUGGUGCGGGGCGGGGCGGGGCGCGGUCGAGGGCGGGGCCGGGCGGAGCGGCGCGGCUCGGGGCGCGCACCCGCCAUGACCAUCGGCGGCCCCCGCGGCCGGCACCCCCCGCGCCUCCAGAUGCCCUGUCUGCGCAAGAUGGAGCGGAUGAUCGUCAGCAUGCAGGACCCCGACAUGGGCAUCAAGAUGAGAAACCAGCGCCUGCUCAUCACGGUCAUCCCCCACGCUAUGACAGGAAAUGACAUCGUGGAGUGGCUCAUCCAGAAGUAUGGCAUCUCCGAGGAGGCCCCCGCUCUUGCCUCCCCAGAGUCACUGCACCUUGGCAACCUCAUUGUAAAGCACGGCUACAUCUACCCCCUCAGAGACCCCCGCAGCCUGGUGCUGCGAGCAGACGAGUCACCCUACCGCUUCCAGACCCCCUAUUUCUGGACCAGCACCAAGUGGCCGGCCACAGAACUGGACUACGCCAUUUACCUGGCCAAGAAGAACAUUCGCAAGCAGGGUGACCUGAUCGAGCACGAGAAGGACAACUACAACCUCCUGCACAAGCGGAUCAACCACACGUGGGACUUUGUGGUGAUGCAGGCACGGGAGCAGCUCCGGGCGGCCAAGCAGCGGCGGAAGGGCGACCGCAUCGUCAUCGACUGCCAGGAGCAGGCAUACUGGCUCGUCAACCGGCCCCCGCCGGGAGCCCCCAAUGUGCUGGAGCAGGGCCCUGAGCGCAGGAACUGCCAAACCACCCGUGUCCAGCUGACCAAGAAUAUGGAUUACUACAAGCGGGAGAUCGAGUACUGCAGGAAAGCCAUGGCCAGGACCAGGGUGAAGUCCUCCAUCUGCCUCGAGGGGUACAUCAAGUUCAACGAGCAGUAUGUGCCCCACGACCCUAUCAUGUCCGGCUGCCUUCCCAGUAACCCCUGGAUCACAGACGACACCACGUACUGGGCAAUGAACGCCCCCACGGUGCCGACCCCCACAAAGCUGCGUGUGGAGCGCUGGGGCUUCAGCUUCAGCGAGCUCAUCACCGACCCCCUGGGCCGGGCGCAGCUCCUGGAAUUCCUCAAGAAGGAGUUCAGCGCUGAGAACCUGAGCUUCUGGGAGGCUUGUGAGGAGCUGCGCUACGGGGAACAGUCCCGCAUUGCCGAGAUCGUGGACUCCAUCUACCAGCAGUUCCUGGCUCCCGGGGCCACACGCUGGGUGAACAUCGACAGCAAGACCAUGGAGCGGACGCUGGAGGGCAUCAAGACGCCCCACCGCUACGUGAUGGAUGACGCCCAGAUGCACAUCUACAUGCUGAUGAAGAAGGACUCCUACCCGCGGUUCCUCAAGUCAGAGCUCUACAGGAACCUCCUGGCCGAGGCCGUCAUCCCUCCAGAGACCAAGAAGCGGGUCUUCCCCUUCAUGCGCAAGCAGCGGCACUCCAGCCCCAGCCCGGCCCUGCUCCUGCCCGCGGGCGACACCGAGGAGAAGAGCAGGGGCCCCACAGCUUCCCCCGUCCCCGAGGAGGAGAGCUGAGGGCCCCAGCCCCGCACCGACAUGGGAGCUCCCUGGCGCAGCACCCCAACUUGGCCGCAGCCCCCCCCACAGCACACCCUGCCCCGCUGCAGGACCCCGCCAGCAGUAGCACUGAAGGAGAGAAGCCAUACACCCCCCCCCGGAGCCCCCCUGGGCCAGGCUGGCCCUGCUGCAGACCCUGCUCACGUCCCUGCACUCUCCUCAGGGAGCCAGCACCCAGCUGGCCUGGUGCAGGGUCACCUCCUCCUCCUGCCUCCCCAGGCACAAGCCAUGGUGACAAUAAAGCCCCCAUGGGAAAACA